UAUUCAAGUCCAAAAUAGUUACAGUACAAAUUAAUAAUGCGCAUCCCAGAGCUUACAAAAGUAUUAACAAAUUAUUAAAGCAAAGUGCAACCAGCGUAGCAAUUUGGGAACGCACAACUCCACAGCCUGCUGCCAAAGUGUUGCCGCAUUAUUAUGUAUUUUCCUCACAAUGUCGCAUGCCGGCGGUUAAUCCUUAUACAAAGGAUGUGCUCAAGAUUUAUAAGAAGAAGUCUUACACAAGCUGCGAUAAGAGCAAAAGCUUCAUAGCUGUCGUCUAUGAUAGGAGCACGCAAAACUACAGCCUCCAUAUCAGUGAGAGAAACCUAAAGUGUUGCUACAAGCAAAUUAAACGCACUGGGAGCGGCAAUAAAGCGGAUGAGGAAUAUAAACUGCUGCCUUGUAAGGAGUUUCCACAGGACUUUGUAGUCCCACGACAAGUGGAUGCUAUACUAACCGAAUGUCGUCGCUCCAAAUCCAGAGCCAUUGUACAACGAGAUGCUUUUAGUUUUGUGCAAGCCAACAGAGUUGUAAAUAAAACUGUGCCCAAGCCAAGCAAACGCAGACCCAAUGUGCUGCUCUGGGGCAUGGACUCCAUAUCCCGCAUGAACUUUGAACGCACCAUGCCCAUAAUGCACAAGUAUCUAAAGGAUAAGCAGUGGUUUGAGCUGCAGGGCUACAAUAAGAUGGCAGACAAUACGUUUCCCAAUUUAAUGGCGCUGCUGACUGGUUUCAAUUACUCACGCUCGGAGGAUGUUUGCAAUCCUUACAAAGUGGGCGCGCUAGAUAGCUGUCCGCUGUUAUGGAAGGAUUAUAAGCGUCAAGGUUAUAUGACUGCCUAUGCCGAAGACUGGGGACGCUUCUCUACGUUUAACUACAAGAAGCGUGGAUUUCUGAAGCCACCUACGGACUUUUAUGCGCAUCCGCAUGUACUGGCCAUAGAGCAUGAGCUAAAAAUAGUUAUAGACACGGGCAUACCUUACUGCGUUGGACGCAGACAUUAUGCCGAAUAUAUUUACGAUAUGGCGCUGCAGUUUACUGAAGUCUAUAAGAAUCAUUCCACGUUUGGCAUGUUCUGGGCAAAUUCAUUUAGCCACAAUAAUUUUGCGCUGCCUUCGUCUAUGGAUAGCAAGAUACUGGAGUAUAUGCAGAAGCUGAAUCAAACGGGCACCUUUGACAGCAGCAUUGUUAUAUUCUUUAGUGAUCAUGGCAUGCGCUUUGGACCCUUGCGCAGAUUAGAAAGUGGCUUUCUGGAAGAGCGCAUGCCCAUCAUGUACAUAUGGCUGCCGCUUUGGUUUAGAGCAGAGUAUCCAGAAUUUGUGCGUGCCCUGAAAUUAAAUAGAAAUCGCUUAACUUCACCUUAUGACAUACAUGCCACAUUAAGACACAUUUUAGAUUUGGAGCAGCCGCUGGCGCAGUUACCUAGACCCGAGGGCUGUCCUGCUUGUCAUAGCGUCUUUUAUGAAAUAACCAAAGAGCGUGAUUGUCCCAUGGCUGGCAUUGAUGGCCACUGGUGCACUUGUCUGCACUUUGAGCGGCUGCCAAACGACGACAGCACCUCAAAGAUAAUUGCAGGACAGCUUGUAGCAGCUAUAAAUGACUAUAUAGUGCAACGUAAUCUAACAGAUAUUUGCCACACACUAAAUCUAACAAAUAUUGAGCUAGUGCAGCGCACUAAAAAAUUCGGCACACAAAAGUCUGAGGUUUAUCUUAUACGCUACGAAACGGCGCCGUUUAAUUCAAUAUUUGAAGCUUCGACUGACUGGAGUCCCACAAGUCGAAAGAUCUCUAUAAAUGUGCCAGACAUAAGUCGCUUAGAUCCAUAUAGCCAGCUCUCCAUGUGUGUUGAGGGUAAUGUAGAUAAAAAGUUUUGCAUUUGCAAUGAUGUCGAAGAAGUUUCGGCGGGUACGCUGCUAUAAGAAAUUAUAUAGAUUUAAGAUUUUUUAU